UUCCCUCGACAAACCUACUUGUAAACAAACAUCCUCUUCUGAACAGAGCAGUAGCUGAAUUAUACAAGUUUUGUGUGUGUGUGUGUUUUUAAUCCAGAAUGCAUGCUAUCGGUAAAUGAGCGUCGAUGAAGGGCUCUUCAGCAUGUCUGCUCGGACGCUGCAAGAGCUGGUGGCCGCCGCCGCCUCCCGGUACGCCGGCAGAGUAGCUGUGACACACCAUGGCGUUUCGGUGUCUGGAAGAACGGCGUCCCUGACCUACAGAGAUUUGGUUGAACUCGCCGAUGAACUCUCUCGUGCUUUGCGGACGAACUGUUUUUCUUGCAACGGCGUGAUCGGACUGUAUUGCGUAGAUGAUUUGUUUAUUCCUGUCUGGAUUUUGGGGAUCUUGCAGUCUGCUGCUGCUUAUGUCCCACUGGACACAGAAGCUCCUGGACUUCUGUCUGCCACAGUCAUGAACCAGUGUGGCCUUAAGUACUGUGCUGUACAAACCAAACUCCUGCAGCAAUUUCAGACGGCUCUCAUCAAACACGUAGCUGUGAAAGUUUGUGUGGAGUUGAUCAAGUUCAAACUGACCCUGAUUCACAUCGAGCCGCUGCAAGUUGCUGAGCAUGAACAGGGAGUAGAAAAAAACAAAGCUCUAUCAGGAAAUAAUCUCAGCGAUACAGCUGUGGAGACAAAGGAUGCUAGGCACAGAGAUUUGGCAUAUGUGUUGCACACAUCUGGAACAACAGGCUUUCCUAAGACUGUGAAAGUACCGCACAAGUGUAUACUCCCCAACAUAUUGCAUCUGAGAUCUUUGUUUCAGAUGAGGGCAGAUGAUGUGGUUUUCCUCGCUUCACCUUUAACCUUUGAUCCCUCCGUGGUGGACAUUUUUCUCGCCUUAUCAUCUGGGGCUCAGCUCCUCAUUGUCGCUAAUGUCAUAAAGAAAAUGCCCAAUCGACUGGCCCAACUGUUGUUCAACGAUCACAAGACGACUGUCCUCCAGGUCACGCCCACUCUGCUGUUACGUUUUGGCCAUCGUAUUCUAAAACAGGACCUGCUGUCGUGUGGCUCUUCCCUGAGGGUGUUGGCUCUGGGUGGAGAAGCCUGCCCAUCGCCCGCUCUCCUGAGGAGCUGGAGACAUGAGGACAACAAAACCAAAAUCUACAACAUCUACGGUAUCACUGAGGUUUCCUGCUGGGCCUGCUGUUACAGAAUACCUGAGUCUCUGCUGCAGUCUAGCAGCCUCACGGUGUCUUCUGUGCCUCUUGGGACUCCUUUGAUGGGCACAGUAGUGGAAGUCAGAGAUGAACGUGGCUGCGUUGUUACAGAGGGUGAAGGACAGGUCUUCAUAGGUGGAGAAGACAGGGUGUGCCUCCUGGAUAAUGAGGACACUCUUGUCCCUGGGACGAUGAGAGCUACAGGAGACUGGGUGGAUGUUAAAGAUGCACAGCUAUACUACCUUGGGCGGAGAGACCGAAUGAUCAAACGCAAUGGAAAGCGGGUGAACUUAGACAGCCUGCAGCAACUCAUGCUGAGUCUGCCUCAGGUGGAGGCCUGUGCUGUGUGUCUGCACAAAGGAUUUCGACUUCUCGCCUUUGCUGUGGCAUCCACAUCUGGGCACCAGAAGGCAGCUUCUACCUCCUUAUCUGUGCGGCAACGUGCAGAACAAAUUCCCUCUUCUUUUGCUUUUGGCGAGCGUGCAGAGAACCUGCCCUCUUCUGUCAAACACCCCUUGGACGAGUCAGCCGGCGCAGACGGAGAUCUGAAGAAGCUCGUUCUGAGCCGGCUGUCUCUGCUGCUGCCUGCUCACAGCGUUCCUGACACAUUGGUGCUCGUCCCGGCUUUAUGCCUGACUGCUCAUGGAAAAGUCGACAUGGAGGAAUUAGUGAGAGUAUACGAAAAACAGAGACAGUGUUUAGAGUCUUCAGUGGGAGACUGCAGUGAACUCAAGCAAACUCUUCAGGCUUUGUGGCGGGAUACUUUAGGUCUCGCUGCAGAUGUGACCACUGAUGAGAAGUCCAACUUCCUGCUGAGUGGAGGAGAUUCUCUUAAGGCUCUGCAUCUCUGUGAAGACAUCCUCACUGCUGUGGGAGUGACCUCACCAGAGCUGCUGGAGGUGAUACUUGAUGGGACCUUCUCUGAUAUUGUGCAUCAUGUUGCCAGUGCAAGAGGGAUGCUGGAGCGUGAGAACUGCCCUUCAACGCUGUCUCAGGCCAAGAGACGACAUGCCAGUGCCACCUCUGUGGUUCCAGCGAGGAGAGCGCGCAAAGACUCAACAGCAGCUGAGAGGCCGCAGGUGCAGAAACAGGCUGUGAAAGUUAUUAGAAGAGGGGGCGAAGUGACAGAAAUGAACAUCAGAUAUACAGAGGAUGACAAAAUAUUGCAGAAUGAAAUUGUUGGAGAAAAGGAGUCUCACGGAGAUGCUAAUGUGGGCCUCAGUCUGAGCUGGUUCUCGGACACAGGCAGAUGUGUGGAUGCCUCCCCGGUACUUCUAGUACAAAACAGAACUGAUGACAGGUCAGACUGGUCCGAAACAGUGUUUAUCGGCUCACACUCCCACAGGAUCCAAGCUUUAGACGUUACCACUGGAAACCUUCUGUGGGAGCGAGUUCUUGGGGACAGAAUCGAGGCGUCUGCUGCCGUGUCUCACUGUGGCACCCUGGUUGUAAUAGGUUGUUACGACGGCCGUGUGUAUUUUCUGUGCACUGAAUCGGGAAAGACGCAGUGGGUGUUUGAGACGGGAGAUGCUGUGAAGAGCUGUCCAGCUGUGGAUCCUCUCACUGGGCUGGUGGUAGUGGGCUCACAUGACGGGCAUGUUUAUGCCCUGAACUCACAGUCAAUAAAUAAGGUUCAGCAGUGUGUUUGGAAGCGUCACUGUGGUGGAGGAGCUGUGUUUUCUUCUCCACAUCUUCACUCAUCACGCCGCCAGCUGUACGUGGCAUCGCUGGGAGGACGCCUGCUCUGUCUCAAGAUUGACAGUGGAGACGUCUUGUGGUCUUACUGCAGAGACGUUCCUUUCUUCUCAUCACCAAACUGCUUCUCUGAGCACAUUGUGGUCGGCUCAGUUGACGGACACAUCUGCUGCUUCAGCAACACAGGGGAACUGCUGUGGCAGUUUCUAACAAAGGGUCCAGUUUUCUCCUCUCCGUGCAUCACGCCAGACCAGCAGAGGCUUCUGUGUGGAUCACAUGACGGUCGCCUGUACUGUUUGAACUGCGCAGACGGCUCUUUGGUUUGGACUUUUCAGACCACAGGCAAGGUGUACUCCACCCCAUGUGUGUUUGACGGCUCCGCUGUGGGCAGGAGGGGGACUCUGGUGGGCCUGGCCUCCACUGAUGGCACAGUCUGGAUCCUGGAUGGAAAAGACGGACAAAAGCUGGCCUCGCAUACUCUACCUGGGGAGCUGUUUUCAUCCCCGGUGGUGUGGGAAAGGUCUCUCAUAGUCGGAUGUCGUAAUGACUACGUGUAUUGUAUAAAGCUGACUGUAAAAGAGGAAACAUAGAGGAUUUUUGUACCUUUUUUUUUUUUUAAGGUUUAUGUGUCAGAGUAGU